AUGGAUAAUGCCUCCUUAUUUCUCCAGAAACAUUUCCUGCACUGGGUGGAAGCAAUGAGCAUACUGGGUCUUGUAUCUGAAGUUGUGGGGAUUAUUAAUCUCCUGCAGACGGUUGUACCUGGCGACAAAGAUAAUGAAAUAUCUGCGUUCCUGCAUGAUGCAAAGCGCUUUGUUCUUAAAAACCGACAAAUGGCUGAUGACGCGCCCCUCCAACUCUAUUGA